CAUUUGUUUUAUGUAACCAUUUAUUUCCCAAAUGUUGUAUUUGUUUUAUAUUUGAAUAAAUAUUAAAAGAAUUCCUUGCUUGCUUUAAUAAACAAUACAUUUUAACAUUUCCCUAUAGGUUAUGAAAUAAUAUUAACAGCUGUUUCUGUAGCCGCUGUAUUGAUGCUUCAGAAAUUGUUUACAAACGCACAAUAGGCAAAAAUUUGUAUACAUUCAAAAUAUUUUUAUAAGAAAAAUAAUUGGGUAACGACAAUGUCUAAAACUUCUCGACGAGACCAAAGUAGACAAGAAACUGUACCAAACAAACGCAAGCGUAUAAUAGAAAUUUUAACAGAUGUACAAAAGAUGCAAAUGAGUGAAGAUGAGGAAUUGAUGACCGACACACCGUUGGAAGCUAUUAACGUCCAACAGUUGCUACGCGAAGGCUUUACACACCUAGCAAGUACAAUAAAAAGUACUUUAAUUCAAAUGAAUAAUGAAAGGGAAAAGAACUUGGAGAGACGGCAUAAAGAGUUAAUGAAUUUAUUGGCAAGUAAUCUGUCCACCGAUAAUGGUGAUGAAAUUCUUGACGACAAGGUAACAGAUUCUGAAAGCGAGGACACUAAUCAGACUUCUGUAGCCGAGGAAAAUAACGUAAAGUUUGUACCUGUAAAAAAAGAAAUUGGAAAAAAUGCUUGGACAGAAUCAACUCCUAAUUCUUUAUUUAAAACUAACAUUGAUGAAGUUCCAGCUAAGAAUUCAGUUCUACGUAAUAAAUCCCACAAAACUGAAUAUGAAAUAAUGAAGGAGAAAAUGCUACAAAUGCAAAGAAAGAAAAUGGAAGAUCGUGAACGUAAAAAACAUUGCUAUAAUUAAGAUAAUGUAAUAAUAGAUUCAUAAAUUUUUAAAUCAAACAAAAUAAAAUGUACAAUAUUCUAGUUAUAGUAUGUA